GAGAAGAAAUCAAAACCUUUUAGCCGAGGCACAAUCCAACUUCAUUAAUAUAUCCAGCGGGAAAAGUGGCCGCGACAAUGCGCGCUAGCUGGCCCGCCGACGAGGACACGGGGAAGAAAGGGAGGCGUGGACGACGAUUUUUCAAGCUAAAAGUCCGCGCCGCAUUGUGUCCUCGCUGAUGCUGAUCCGCAACGCUAUGGGCGUAGUUUUCUCCUAUAGCUUCUCUGCGGCGUCAUCGGGGGAGUUGCUUGCGCGCUCGCUUGCUCGAGAAGCAAGUCGACACGACUCGGGGGUGGGGUAUACACACCUACGAGGCUGGAUCGGUUGCAUCGUUAGUUUUUGAGACUGCUGCACUUAUUGAAAUUUCAGCCGGUCGGCCCCGAUUAUUUUUACUGCUGAACAAUUUUCCUUUUAAUCCAGCUCGCGCACCAAAACUGUACUGUUUUGAUUUUUCCACAAUCCUUUCAGGCGUCAUUCUUUUCGAAAAUCACACGAAAAUAAGACGAAUCGCCAGCAAUCGUUAACGCGGCUAAUUAGACGCGUGUCCGGCAACAAAGCUUCGUUACGAACCUUAUAAGCCCUUAUAACCACAGAGAGAGAGAGAGAGAGGGAGAGAGAGCAUAUCGCCGGCCAUAAAAAAUCAUCGGCGAUGCAUCACAUCGGUAGAGCUGCUGUAUAGCCUCGACGCGCGACGUCCACAUAUCACGGCCCGUCUCACCUUUCCUCAAAGCGUAUAUAUUCCUACGCAAGCGCGUCCUUCGCAGCUGCAACCCUCGCGCGAGCUUUAUAAUAAUUCUCGCCUAUCGAAUUGCAGCCUGUAUUACAUAGGCUGGUCUCGUUGAAAAGUUGACGGAAAAAUCGGAGCCUCGACGGCCAUAAUCGCCCGAUGAUCAGUGCUUUUCGGGCAGCUCGUAAACAAGGGAUAAUUGAAUCAGAAUAACGCGCUGCCGAGCCAUAAGUCAGCCCCCGCGCGCGCGUGUGUGUGCGUGCGCGCGCGCGCGCGCCGGGAUGGGGAUGUCGCAGCUAGAGCGAGAGGAGGAUGCGCGCGGGGAUGAGUCUCGUGAGAGAGCCGUAUAUAAGCAUGGGGUGGCUGCCGGAGACGCUCAUUUUCGACGCACCGGUCAGCCGAACAGCACAGCGUAAGGCUCUUUUAUCUCAGGCUUCGGAGUGGACUCGACAGACCAGCUACUGUGAAGCGAGGAGACAUCGGAAAUCCGACUAGACUCGUCUGCCUCUCGCACCUGUCCGCUGAUCGCGAAUACUGUUGCGGAAGAUGUCCCGUCUGGCGCUGCUGCUGGGAGUGCUGCUCGGGCUGCAGUACUACGGCCUCGUUGCGGGCUCGCCCGUCUCCUCGGCGGACUACCCGGAGCAGCAGCAGCAGCAGCAGCAGCAGCAGCAGGAACGCGGCCUGGAGUACGUCCAGCUGAAGCGCGGACUGCUGGCUCUGAGCGCCGCGGAGCUGCUCGACUCCCGGGAGCGGCGCUCCAGCUCCUCCGGCGGCAACCUGGGCAGCUCGUUCAUCCGGUACGGGCGCAACGGCGACGACCUGGGGCUCAGCCAGCCUCACACCCGCUCGGACGUGAUCAUCCGGUACGGCCGGGACGGGCUGAACGGCCGACUGAACCGGCUGCGGCAGGAGCGCAUGCGGCGACUCGCCAGACUGGCCCUCAUCUGCGCGGCCAAGAGCCAGGAGGAGGGCCCGGCGAACAGCGCCGAGGAGAAGAUCCUGCGCGAGAUCUGCAAGGACGCGCCUCUGCAUCCGACCGUGCCGGACUUUGUCUAGGCGAGAGAGAGAGCGAGCGAGAGAGAGAGAGAGAUUGCGACGCGACGAGUGUGAUUAUUGCAAAAAGACUGAUAUGUUACUAUAUCCUAUUUAUCGGCGAGUACUAAUUUCUCUCUGUGUGUAUAACAAUUACUGCAGAUGUGUACAUGAAACAACGAAAUAAAGCCUGUUUCGUAUACGUCGGA